UCUCACACCCCAGCCUGGAUCUCCAACUCAUACUUCCAUUUUUUUAUUCUUUCUUUAUCUUCUCUAACCCAACAACAACUAUCAAACUCGGAACCUUCUUUCUUUAUUUCAUCUUCUUCUUCUUCUUUUGACGGUUACCCCUUUCACACAACUAACACAUUUCAUCUCUUCUAUCUAUGUAUAUCUGACAGAGUCAUGGAAAAACUAAAGCACAGAUCCAUGGAUCCAAUCUUCAUUCUCUUACUAAUUCUACUCACUGCUCCAUCACUAUCUCUAGCAGAUCUCGAUUCCGAACGAGCUGCAUUACUAGCUCUCCGUUCCUCCGUCGGCGGCCGAACCCUUUUCUGGAACGCUACCAACCAAACUCCAUGCAACUGGGCCGGUGUCCAAUGCGACGACAACCGUGUCGUCGAGCUUCAUCUCCCCGGCGUCGCUCUCUCCGGUCAAAUACCUACCGGCAUAUUCUCCAACCUAACUCACCUCCGUACUCUCAGUCUUCGUUUCAAUGCUCUCACUGGUUCACUCCCUUCAGAUCUCGCUUCCUGUGUCAACCUCAGGAACCUUUAUCUCCAACGAAACCUUCUCUCCGGCGAAAUCCCUCUCUUUCUCUUUAACUUACCCGAUUUGGUUCGACUCAACAUGGGGUUUAACAACUUCUCAGGUCCCAUUUCAACCUCAUUCAACAACUUCACCAGACUCAAAACCCUCUACCUUGAAAACAACCACCUUUCAGGCUCUAUACCGGAACUCACUCGUUUGAGCCUCGAUCAGUUCAAUGUCUCUAACAAUAUCUUAAACGGCUCUGUUCCCGUUAAGCUUCGGACUUUCCCUCAAGAUUCCUUUUUGGGAAAUUCUCUAUGCGGUAGACCUCUUUCUCUUUGCCCCGGGGAGACUGAUGAUUCCUCUCCUUUCACUGCCGACGGAGGUAAUGCCAGUAAGAAGAAGAAAAACUUGUCUGGAGGAGCCAUUGCGGGAAUUGUCAUUGGAUCUAUCGUGUUUCUUCUUUUGCUCGUUUUCCUUUUCAUCUUCUUAUGUAGGAAAAAGAGCAGCAAGACAACCAGUGCUGUUGAUGUUGCUACCGUGAAGCAUUCUGAAUCUGAUGUUCCUCGUGACAAGUCUAUUCCGGACAUGGAGAACGGGAACGGAUUCGCUUCAUCUACUGCCGCUGCUGCCGCGGCAGUGGUUGCAGUCAACAAGGUUGAAGCUAAUGGAAAUGGAAACGCUGCUGGUGGAGCUAAGAAGUUGAUAUUUUUUGGGAAUGCACCGAGGGCUUUUGAUCUAGAGGAUCUGUUGAGGGCUUCGGCCGAGGUGUUGGGUAAAGGGACAUUCGGGACAGCAUAUAAGGCGGUUUUGGAGUCAGGGCCGGUGGUGGCGGUGAAAAGGUUGAAGGAUGUGACGAUAAAUGAGAAGGAGUUCAGAGAGAAAAUUGAAGCAGUUGGAGCAGUGGAUCAUCAGAGUUUGGUGCCUUUAAGAGCUUACUAUUUUAGCAGAGAUGAGAAACUUCUUGUUUAUGAUUACAUGUCAAUGGGAAGCCUCUCUGCACUUUUGCAUGGAAACAAAGGAGCAGGUAGGACACCAUUGAAUUGGGAAAUGAGAUCAAGCAUUGCACUAGGAGCAGCCCAAGGCAUUGAGUUCCUUCAUUCACAAGGGCCUAAUGUUUCUCAUGGAAACAUAAAGUCAUCUAAUAUUCUCUUAACCAAAUCAUAUGAGGCAAAAGUGUCUGAUUUUGGGCUUGCACAGCUUGUCGGCCCAUCCUCUACCCCAAACCGUGUUGCUGGAUACCGUGCACCUGAAGUGACAGAUCCUCGCAAAGUAUCUCAAAAGGCAGAUGUGUACAGUUUUGGCGUAUUGCUCUUAGAACUUCUAACCGGGAAGGCACCUACACACGCUCUUCUAAAUGAAGAAGGGGUUGACCUUCCAAGAUGGGUUCAAUCUGUGGUUAGAGAAGAGUGGACUUCUGAGGUGUUUGAUCUCGAGCUCCUAAGGUAUCAGAAUGUUGAAGAGGAGAUGGUUCAGUUGCUUCAACUUGCUGUUGAUUGUGCAGCACAAUACCCUGACAAGCGACCAUCCAUGUCUGAUGUUGUACGAAGCAUAGAAGAAUUACGUCGAUCUAGCUUGAAAGAUGAGCAAGACCAAAUCCAACAUGACAACAAUGAUAUAGAAUUGUAGUAAGUUAGAUGGUGGUACAUCACUAUCUUCUCAUUCCGCUUGUCUCCUCCAUCUACAUGGUGGACUUUGCUGCAUCAAGAGUCACAUCACAUUCCAAUUUUUUAAAUUUUUAAAGAUUUAAAUCUUGUGCUUAUGUUUGUAUUUUAUAUCUUGAGCAUCAAAUUUGUUUUCUCUUUGAAUUUCCUCUUCAUUUUUCUUCUCAAAUAUCCUUUCUCUGCCAUCUCCCUCUUUUUCUUUUUUCAAUUAAUACUUUGGGGGAAGUGGAUGGAGCUGUUCCAUUCCAUUAUUAGUUAUUGUUGUUGGAUUAUGGUUGAUGUAAUUAUUACUUUUGCUUUAACAUGGCUUUUGCUUUUUGUUGAAAACCUGUAUUCCAAUUGUUGAGAUAUUAAAGUUGCUGUCAUUGGUUGGUUGCUA